AUGCCUGCCUUCAACAGAUUGCUUCCCCUAGCUUCUCUCGUGCUCAUCUACUGGGUCAGAGUCUGCUUCCCUGUGUGUGUGGAAGUACCCUCGGAGACGGAAGCCGUGCAGGGCAAUCCCAUGAAGCUGCGCUGCAUCUCCUGUAUGAAGAGGGAGGAAGUGGAGGCCACCACUGUGGUGGAAUGGUUCUACAGGCCUGAGGGCGGUAAAGAUUUCCUUAUAUAUGAGUAUCGAAAUGGCCACCAGGAGGUGGAGAGCCCCUUCCAAGGUCGUCUGCAGUGGAAUGGGAGCAAAGACCUGCAGGACGUGUCCAUCACUGUGCUCAAUGUCACUCUGAACGACUCUGGCCUCUACACAUGCAAUGUGUCCAGGGAGUUUGAAUUUGAGGCACACAGGCCCUUUGUGAAGACCACGAGACUAAUACCCUUGAGAGUCACUGAAGAGGCGGGAGAAGACUUCACCUCUGUGGUCUCAGAAAUCAUGAUGUACAUCCUCCUGGUCUUCCUCACCUUGUGGCUGUUCAUUGAGAUGAUCUACUGCUACAGAAAGGUCUCCAAGGCUGAAGAGGCAGCCCAGGAAAAUGCGUCUGACUACCUUGCUAUCCCUUCAGAGAACAAGGAGAACUCUGUGGUACCUGUGGAGGAAUAA